AUAUCACAUUUGGCAAUUCCAAGGUGCUUCUCUUGCAAGGAAGAAUCAGUUGCUUGCCACCGUGCACAGAAUCUCUCUGAAGACUUCGUCAUCAUCAUCAUCAUGGCUAAAUCUGAAACUUGUCUCGUCAACUUGCGUUACCCAGAUGGCAGCGAGGGAAGCCCCUCCAACCCUGCCAAGUUCAAAAAUCAGGACUUCGCUCAGAUAAAAGCUGACUGCCUCCAGAAACGAGAACUGUUUGUGGACAAUGAGUUCCCACCAAACGGUCUUUCUUUGGGUGACCUGCCUGAUAUGAGUCCCUCACAGGAGAGUGAAGUGAAAUGGCUUCGACCAGCAGAUUUAUUGAGAGAACGAGGAAAGAAGGAUAAGCCUGCUUUCUGUACAGAUGGUAUGUCACGAUUUGACUUUGGACAAGGCAACGUGGGUAACUGCUGGUUUGUGUCUGCAAUAUCUGCACUGACCUUUCAAACAAAUCUGAUGGAACAAGUUGUACCAAUGGAUCAGUCCUUUGUGGAUUAUGCAGGAAUAUUUCACUUCCGGUUCUGGUGGUUUGGAAAGUGGGUAGAUGUUGUCAUUGAUGACAAUCUGCCAACGAAAAACAAGCAGUUACUGUUUGCGUCCUCGAAAUGUGGAAAUGAGUUCUGGGCUCCUCUGCUGGAGAAGGCAUAUGCCAAACUUUGUGGUUCAUAUGCAAACCUGCGUGGUUGGUCAUCAUCAGAUGCCUUCAAAGAUUUCACUGGAGGUGUGAACCAGAUUUACUAUCCCACAGAGCCCAACGCACCGAGUUGCGAUGAGCUUUGGCUGACACUAAGCAGAGCCACUAAGUGCAAAUCACUGAUUUGCUCUUCGACUAAAAAGGAUGCAAUGGCCAACAAUGGAUUGGUGAUGAGGCAUGCCUAUUCUGUCACAGGCAUCACUGAGGUGGAAUUAAACGCCUCUAAAGUACGACUGGUGCGAGUCAUGAACCCAUGGGGCAGACGGGAGUGGAACGGAAAAUGGAGCGACAAGUCAGAUUUGUGGGACAAAGUAAGUCCAGAAGUUAAAAAAAAGUGUUUCGACCGUGACGACGGAGAGUUCUGGAUGCAAAUGGAGGACUUCUGUUCCUGUUUUGCUAAAGUAUACAUCUGCUGUGAGACCCCUAACUUUCUUGAUGGAGACUUAAAAUGUCAGUGGAAUUGCAUGAUUUACGAUGACAGCUGGGUAGCAGGGACAUCUGCAGGUGGCAAUGUGAAACACUCCACCUUUGCAACAAACCCUCAGUAUCGCAUUCGAGUGACUGUUAUAGACAAGAAGGAGCCAGGAGACAAAAACAUCGUGCUCUCCCUGAUGCAGAAACCUCAUCAGGGAAAUCGCAUUGAGAUACACCGCCACAAAACUACACUUACCAUCUAUAAGAUUCCACCAGGGACCCCACAAGGACGCCUGCAACAGGAUUUCUUUCAGAGGAACAGGCCUGUGAAGGCAGAAAAGACUUACAGCACUCGGCGAGAUCUCACUGAACUCCACAGUCUGGAACCUGGAGAGUAUGUGAUCAUCCCAUCCACCAAUGAACCCAACAUCACUGCAGAUUUCGCUCUCGCUGUCUACACCAAGACUGAUGAAUAAGAUCAUGUAAAGAAUCCUUCACAUAAUGAAGGAUUAAUAUGAUUAACUCAGGAUAAUAAAAUACAUGAAUUAUUUACUUAACAAAAGACA